AUGGCCUCCAGCAGCAACAGCCUGGGCCUCAGAGACAAGUACCGACAAGCAUCUGAGUGGGACUUUCCUUUAGAGAAGGCCACGAGGUUCUUCUGUGAAAGGCCUCGUUUGUCCUCAGAGCAGGGUAAUUUAGUGUUCCAUGCUGGCUCCAGCAAAAAUAUUGAAUUUAGAACUGGACCACUGGGAAAAAUAAAAAUUAAUGAUGACGACCUUGCAGAACUUUUUAGUCAGGUGAGAGAAAAUAAUGCAGAGAUUCAAGAACUUAAAAAAGCCAAUGGUGCCUCUCAGAAUGUGUCCCAGCAUGUUGCUCUGCUGACCUCCAAGAUUGUGAGUCUUGACAACAAACUUCAAAGCUUAGAGCAGGCUAUCCAGAGGAAAGCCUGCAGUAGCAACCCCUGUGAAAACGCAGGGACCUGUGUAAACUUGCUGGAUGGUUUCUUUUGCCUCUGUCCCAGCAACUGGCAGGGCCUCCUGUGUUCAGUGGAUGUUAAUGAAUGCCAGAUUUAUGCUGGAACAGCAUUAGGCUGCCAGAAUAGAGCCACUUGUGUGAACACACCAGGCAGCUACAGCUGCUCCUGUACUCCAGAAACCUAUGGGCCUCACUGUGCCUCGAAGUUUGAUGACUGCCAGGGAGGAUCCGAGACACUCUGUGGGCAUGGCAUCUGCAUAGAUGCAGACAGGGAUCAGCCCAACAAGCCUAAGUACCGCUGUAUCUGUGACCCUGGCUGGAUGUCCCCUCCUGGCAGCCCUGCCUGCAGUGCUGAUAUAGAUGAAUGCAGCCUCCCUAACCGUCCGUGUUCACAGAAUCCGCUUGUGCAGUGCUACAACACACCAGGCUCCUACUCGUGUGGUCCCUGCCCCACAGGCUGGCAAGGAAAUGGCUACAGUUGCCAAGACAUUGAUGAAUGUGAAAAUAAUAAUGGAGGCUGCUCAACAGCGCCAAUGGUUCGAUGUGUCAACACAAUGGGAUCAUUCCACUGUGGGCUCUGUCCACCAGGUUAUGAGGGAGAUGGACAAACAUGUACUCAGGUUGAUAUCUGCUCAAUAAAUAAUGGAGGGUGCCAUCCUCUGGCUACUUGUACUGCAGCUCCAGGGCCAAUGCCGUUUUGUUCCUGCACAUCGGGGUACUCUGGAAGUGGCUAUGGGCCGAACGGGUGCUCUCCUCUCACUGAUAUCUGUCAGCUGCAAAAUCCUUGUGCAAAUGGGCAGUGCUUGGCAAUGAUCUCUGGAUAUUUCUGCCUGUGUAAUGUGGGCUGGACAGGCCAUAACUGUACAGAGAACAUUGACGAAUGCAUUAGCAACCCGUGCCAGAAUGGGGGGAGCUGCACUGAUGAGGUCAACGGCUACUCCUGCGAGUGCACCAGUGCCUGGACAGGACCACAGUGCCAGACUGCCCAGCAAGUUUGUGGAGGAUAUCUCUCAGGGUCCAAUGGGACUUUCAGUUACCCGAACAACCCAAACAGCCAGCAGUACAACAAUGGGGUCAGCUGCGCUUGGGUUAUUCAAACUAAUCCCAACAAGAUCCUGCGUAUUGUUUUCCCAUUCUUCCAACUGGAGUCGAGUAACGACUGUAACUCUGACUUUCUUCAAAUCCAUGAUGGGCCUUCAGCUUCAAUGCAUAUGCUGGGAAAAUACUGUGGCUCCUCACCUCCUGCAGAGCUUUUCAGUUCCCACAACUCCCUGUAUUUUUGGUUCUUCUCAAACCACAUCAUUACGGCUGGAGGUUUUGCUGUUCGGUGGGAAUCUCGGGAUCCUGAAUGUGGUGGUGAGCUGAUGGGUACUUACGGCUCGAUAAGCUCUCCAGGAUACCCUGGUAACUAUCCUGUAAACAGAGACUGUUUCUGGACCAUCUCAACCAGUCCUGGCCGCCUCAUCACAUUUGCUUUUGGCACACUAAGCCUAGAACACCAUGAAAAUUGCAGUUAUGACCAUUUAGAGAUUCGAGAUGGUGGUCUUCCACAAGACCCUGUCCUUGGUAAAUACUGUAGCACUGGAUCUCCACCCCCACUCCAAACCACUGGUCCGUAUGCAUGGAUUCACUUUCACUCUGAUGAUUUAGUUACUGAUAAAGGCUUCCACAUCAUCUAUACAACGUCUCCUGCAGAUCCAAGUUGUGGAGGAAACUACAUGGAUAGUGAAGGGGUUAUCACAUCCCCUUUUUGGCCUAACCCUUAUAUCAGCAAUCGACAAUGUAUCUACAUUAUCAGACAGCCAGAGGAUGAAAAAAUAUACCUCAACUUCACCCACAUGGAGCUGGAGAGUCACGCUGGUUGCUCAUCAAAUUAUAUUGAGGUUCGUGAUGGUGACAGUGAGAUGUGCUCCCUCAUUAGAAAAUUCUGUCAUAGUACACUCAUGUCUCCAAUCACUUCCACCAGCAGCAGUCUCUGGAUCAAGUUCAAAUCUGAUGCUUCUGCACAAAGGGCUAGCUUCAGGGCCAUUUAUCAAGUUGCCUGUGGAGGCCCCUUGUCUGGAGCAGGCACUAUCCAUUCACCUUACUAUCCCAGUAUGUCCCCUCACCCAAAGACCUGCGAGUGGAUCAUUUCCCAACCAGCUAGCAAAGUGGUGAUUCUUAAUUUUAUCAGCUUUGACAUCCGAAAUGCAACCACUUGUGACUCCGACUACGUUGAGGUCAGAGAUGGUAACAACACAGACUCUCCUCUUUUGGGGAAAUACUGUGGUACAGCUGUACCAUCUAGAGUGCAAUCUACACGGAACAAUCUCUAUAUCAAAUUCAGAGCUGCUUCUCUUACCAACCUUGGCUUCAGAGCUGAGUACUGGCCAUCAGAUACAGUAUGUGGAGAGACUCUCACUGGACCAGAAGGAACCAUCACAAGUCCUAGCAAUCCAGAUGUCUACCCACAUGGUAUUAACUGUACCUGGAUUAUCAAUGUUCAACCCGGCUACCUUAUCCGUCUGACAUUCACUUCAUUUAACUUGGCAUUCGAUUAUAGUUGCAGAAAGGAUUAUCUAGAAAUAUAUGACAAUAGCACUGUGCAAACACUGGGAAGGUACUGUGGAAGAUCAGUUCCACCAUCUUUCACUAGUGGUGGCAACAUGAUGAUGUUGCACUUUGUGACCGAUCACAGCAUUGCAUCUCAGAGCUUCUCAGCUAAUUAUACCUCCCUGAAUGCAUCAAAAGUGUGCUCACACAACUACAAUGCUGAAACUGGUGUGCUAACAUCUCCAAACUAUCCCGAUAACUACCCUGUCCAGACAGAGUGCAUAUACACCAUCACAGUGGGAAUAAACAGACAGAUUGUGCUGCGCUUCACCAACUUCACCUUGGAAGGGAAUAAACGCUGUACAGAGGAUCAUGUAGAAAUCAG